CAGUCCUGCAUUCCAUACAGCUUCACAGAGCAUCCAGAGAGACUCACUGAGAUUCUGUUACUAUAGCAACAAGCAUGGACCCCCAGAACUGUAACUGCGCAACAGGUGUCUCCUGCUCCUGUGCAAAUUUCUGCAACUGUAAGAAGUGCAAAUGCUGCCCAAAAAGUUGCUGCUCCUGCUGUCCGGCCGAGUGCAGUAAAUGCAGCCAGGGCUGUCAGUGCGAAAAGGGAUGCGAGAGCUGCAGCUGCUGCAACUGAUUGGUGGAUCCGUGUCUGAGACGUGAUCUGUUACUCUGUAAUGUUUGCGCUUUGGUCUGAUCUGUAUGUUACUAAAGAUCUGCAGUAUUAUUGGAAACGCUUGGACAAUGCAAAUGUCUCACUGAUUUCAUUAAUAUAGCAAUAAAAGAUUUAAA